AACCAAAUUUCUCUCUCUCUCUCUCUCUCUCUCGUUUUCUUUGGCAGCUUCUUCUUCUCGUCUGUAACUAUAUUUAAUCGUAUAGCUCUCGGACAUGUCCACGGACCUUGAUCUCCGGCGGACUCUGUUAGGAAUUGUGCGCCGUCCGGCGAGCAAGCUUCAAAUUAGUAAUCCGCGGCCGUCGACGUCGAUGGCGGACGGCGGCGGUGUAGUUGAUCAGAAAGAGAGAAGCAGCAGCGAUGACGGUGCCGAAGAUCAAUGCUGCCGCACGCCGACCUCCGUGGAGAACAAGAUUCCGGCGCUGCUUCAAUGUCCGCCGGCGCCGCGGAAGCGGAAGAGACCUCCGACUUGUAGAAGAAGACUAAUGGAGCUUGAAUUCGUCGAGAUCGUGAGUAGAGAAGAGAUCGAACCGUAUUUAGCCUCGAGUUUCGAGCACGAAGACAGAGUUAAAUCGGCGAAGAGAAGUUUCUGUUCGAUUGAGAUGGCGAAGGCGAAUUCCGGUUGUUACGUAAAAUUUCGAUAAGAUAUUGGCUGAUCUGUUUGGUUGUUUUGACAUUUUUCGUGUUGAGUGAUUGACACGACUUCGGGAUCGAUAAACUUCCAUUUUUUAUUUUUGUAAUUUUUUUGUUCUCACGAUGAGAGAGAAAGAGAAAGAGAGAGAGUGUACUGAAUCUGAUGGACUAAGAAUGAAGAA